CCCUGCUCUGAGACCAUCCCUAACUCCGCCGGAAUCUUCUAGCUUCUUCUUCUUCUUCUUCUCUCUCUCUCUCUCUCUUCAAACUCUUCUUCGAUCUCCGUCGCCGAAAAUGGUGAAGUUGGCCGUGGGCUCCGCCGCCGAUUCCUUCAGUGCGGCUUCUCUUAAAGCUUAUCUCUCUGAAUUUAUCGCCACUCUCCUUUUCGUCUUCGCCGGCGUCGGUUCCGCCAUCGCCUACGGUAAGUUGACAUCUGAUGCGCCAUUGGAUGCACCGGGUUUGGUGGCGGUGGCGGUGGCUCAUGCAUUUGCCCUAUUUGUCGGUGUGUCAAUGGCAGCAAACAUCUCCGGUGGCCACCUGAACCCAGCGGUGACCUUCGGGUUGGCCAUCGGCGGCAACAUCACCAUCUUGACCGGCUUGUUCUACUGGAUCGCCCAAUUGCUUGGCUCCAUUGUUGCCUGCCUCCUCCUUCAAUUCGUUACCAACGGCAAAAGUAUUCCUACCACGGCGUGCGGCGGGACUGGGAGCAUUGAAGGAGUAGUAUUCGAGAUAAUAAUCACCUUCGGUCUGGUGUACACAGUUUACGCUACAGCCGCAGACCCCAAAAAAGGGGCUCUCUUGGACCAUUGCCCCAAUUUGCUUAUCGGCUUCAUUGUUGGUGCCAACAUCCUCGCUGCCGGCCCAUUUAGCGGUGGGUCCAUGAACCCGGCCCGUUCUUUCGGCCCAGCUGUUGUUAGCGGGACUUUCUCUCAAAUUUGGAUCUAUUGGGUCGGCCCACUUAGUGGUGGGCUUGCUGGCCUUAUCUAUGGCGAUAUCUUUAUUUCCUCUUAUGCCCCUGUUCCUGUCAUCUGUGAUUAUGCUUAAAAUCCCAAUUAAUUUCUAUUAUUGUUUGUGUGCUUUUUUUUUUUUUUUUUUUUUUUUUUUUUUUUUUAUUGGGAAAAGAAUUGUAAUUUUCUUAUUUGCUCGUUUUUUCUUCUGAGGUCUUUCCCUUUUGUCAACGUACUUUGUUAGGUUCUGUGUUGUUAUUUGUCAAUUAAUAAAAAGUGUAAAUUAGUAUUUAUGUGUUUAGUUAUGGUUUUA